AUGACCAGUUCCCAGUUACCACAAUCAGUUGAUGGUUCAGUGGAUUUUAAUGACAAACAUCCGAUGGAUCUAUCAGCUCGCAUCACACAACCUACUUUGGUGCCGGGUCCACAGACUUUUCUUGCUCCUUUUAUUGCCGAACAGGAUAACCAACCUGGGCCACAAUCGGAGAACGAUCAUACAAUGACAGCUGAACGUAGUUCAUCCAAUCAACGCUCAGAUGUGAUUGAGGUAGACAGAAUAGGUUACUAUUUCUGCGAGAUUUGCAAAAAGCGACUAAAUUCGCUAAUUUCCUUACGCCAACAUGAGUCUGGAAAGCGACAUCAAAAAGCUUUGACCACCUCCGUAGCGAUGUCACCAGCCUCGAGUUUUGGUGAAGACAGCGUUAGUAGUUCAAAUAAUCGACAUUCGCCCACGCGAUAUCCUUUAAAAGGUCGUACUAAUUUGGUGGACACUUUGGGUCUCGAACCGCCUUUUUUUGCGGAACGUAGCCCAACAAAAAAUCUUUUGCCUCAUUCCCGACAGAAUACCAACGUUCCUGAUCAAAUAACUCCCCUUGGUUCCGCUGUAAUGGAUUGCUGUGAAAAGAAGCUUGAAAACGACAUACCUCCCAGGAUUGAUCCGGAACCCAUCACUGUUUCGUCGCGUUCAAGCAUGUGUGGGUUGAAGGUUCGGGAUGUGCUCAAACGCGUUUGCCUGACACAGAUGAUAUCGUUGCUGUCCGACCAGACAGGUACCCCGUUGCCUGUAAGCAAUUCCUUGGAAGACGAACAAAUACUGUUGCAGACUCUAACCUCUCUGUGCAACUGCACAUUAUCAAACCGCUCCUCAAACAAUUACUUUGAUGAAACAUUAGUUGAGUCUCGCUUCCUUAGUCCUAACCAACUUGCUCGAGAUUUCCUAUUACUCUCUUGGUGUCAACAGUUGGCUAUGCUGGACAGA